AGACUUUCCUUGGAAAUCAUUAUUAUCGUUAUACCACUUUCCCCUCCAGCAGAUCUGUUUUCCCUAAGAUGACAGGCAUGCGUAUUUCAAGCUUUACGCAUACUAAUGUAUUUAAUCCUCAAAAUAAUCUUGUGAGAUAGGUACUGUUGUUAUCCUCAGUUUACAGAUAAGGCAUCCGAGGUCCCAGCUUAGCCGUUUACCAACUGACAGCUGUUUGACUUUGAAUACGUUUCCUCACAUGUUAAAUAGCAACGCGGAUGUCUACCACACAGAAUUAUUGGGAGAAAUAAUCUCUAUACUACGUAUAAGAGUAAAGGAUGCCACGGAGAAAGAAAAAGAUUAAAGAAGCCUCUGAACCUCAGAAUCUGGAGAAGGACACAGAAACUAGCAGUUCUGUCAGUCUGAAGAAGAAGCGUAAAUUUGAAGAUGCAUUCAUUGUGAUAUCUGAUAGUGACGGAGAGCAGGAACCAGAGGAGGAGAAUGGACUGCAGAAAACGAAGACAAAACAGUCAAAUAGAGCAAAGUGUUUGGCUAAAAGAAAAAUUGCACAGAUGACAGAAGAAGAACAGUUUGCUCUGGCUCUCAAAAUGAGUGAGCAGGAAGCCAGGGAGGUGAACAGCCAGGAGGAAGAAGAAGAGGAGCUCUUGAGGAAAGCCAUUGCUGAAAGUCUGAAUAGUUGCCGGACUUCUGAUGCCUCUGCUACCAGCUCUCAACCUCUGGCCAUUGGACCAUCUUCACAGUCCCACCAAGAGAAAACCACAGACUCUGGGACCACUGAAGGCAUAUGGCAGCUGACACCACCAUCACUGUUUAAAGGCUCACAUAUCAGUCAGGGAAACGAGGCUGAGGAAAGAGAGGAGCCUUGGGACCACACUGAAAACACUGAAGAGGAGCCGGUCUCUGGCAGCUCAGGAAGCUGGGACCAAUCAAGCCAGCCAGUGUUUGAGAAUGAGAACGUUCAGUCUUAUGACAGAUGUACUAGCCACUUGGCUGAGCACACACAGUGUGAGAAGCCACAGGAAAGUACUGGGAGGGGUUGUGCUUUUCUCAAAGGUGCCCAGGGUAGUGGGGACACAUCUAGGCACUGCCUGCCUGCUCCAGUGGAUGCCAAAGUUCUCCCGGACAUUGAGGGAACUGUGCAUUACUUCUGGGGUAUUCCAUUUUGCCCUGCUGGAGUAGACCCUAGCCAAUAUACCAGGGUCAUUCUCUGCCAGUUGGAGGUUUAUCAAAAGAGCCUGAAAAUGGCUCAGAGGCAGCUUCUUAAAAAAAAAGAGUUCGGGGAACCACUGUUACCUAGGCCUCCUUCUCUGAUCCAGAAUGAAUGUGACCAAGGAGAUCAGGCUAGUGAAAAAAAUGAAGGCAACUCAGAAGAUAUGGGAGAUGAAGACAAAGAGGAGAGGCAGGAGUCUAGGGCAUCUGUCUGGGACUCAAAAUCCAAGGAUUACCAAGAAAGCCCAAUUAAAAGCUUGAAAGAGAAACUUUUGUUGGAGGAAGAACCAACAACCAGUCAUGGUCAGUCUUCCCAGGGUCUAUUUGUUGAAGAAACUUCUGAAGAAGGAAACUCUGUACCUGCCUCACAAAGCAUUGCUGCUUUGACCAGUAAGAGAAGCUCAGUCUUUAUGCCAGAGAGUUCUGCAGAAGAAAUCACUGUUUGUCCUGAGACACAGCUAAGUUCUUCUGAAACUCCUGAUCUGGAAAGAGAAGUCUCCCCAGGUAGCAGAGAGACAUCAGAUGAAAUACGAAUAACAGUAGCAGAUAAGGAGGUUGUCAACAGGGAAGAUGCUGAGAAAGAAAUAACUACUUCUGCCUUCUCAUCCAUUGCCCAGGUAUCCUGCCCACUGUGUGACCAAGGCUUCCCACCCACAAAGAUUGAGCGACAUGCUAUGUACUGCAAUGGUUUUGGGCAGGAUACAGGUAAAGACUCAUCAGUGUUGACUCGGAGACAAAAAGAGGCCAAGAGCAAGAGUGACAGUGGGACUGCUGCCCAGACUGCCCUAGACUUUAACAAGAGUGAGAAGUGUUAUCUCUGUAAAUCCCUGGUCCCAUUCAGAGAGUAUCAGUGUCAUGUAGAUGCCUGUCUCCAGCUUGCCAGGGGUGACCAAGGAGAUGGGCCUGGAGGGAGUGGCAGAAUGUGCUCAACUGUGGAGGGGAAGAGGCAGCAGCGGCUGCAGAGCACAAAGGAAAAAGGCCAUAAUGAAGGGCGUCUCCUUAGCCUCUUGGAACAGUCAGAGUACAAGUCUGCAGAUGCAGCAAUAAAGACCACAUCUUCAGAAACAGGAGCCUUCAGGGUUCCCUCACCAGAGAUGGAAGGGGCAGGCUGCAGCAGAGAAAUGCCAAGUUCCCUUGCACAUUUCGACUUAAAUGAUUCUCCCAUCAAGUCUUUUGUUUCCAUUUCAGAAGCCACAGAUUGCCUAGUGGACUUCAAAAAGCAAUUAACUGUUCAGUCAGGUAGUCGGACACGGACCAAAGCAGGCAGAGGAAGGAGGAGAAAAUCCUGAAUUUUUAGGGUCAGGAUGUUGUCAAAGCCAUUAGCAAUAGGGGUGGACCAUGUUCAUUAAGCUGCAGUGGUCUCUAGUUCAUUGUUGAGAAAGUUCUGGCCCUGCAGUUUUUAGCACCAAAACCCAGUCCGCAUCCUGGUUUUUAUGUUUUCUAUGAUCUUUACAGACAACUGUGUAUAGUAUUUUGUUUUAUAACAGUCUGUUUGAAUUCACUUACCGUUAAAAAGAAAAUUUAAAUAUAUUUAUCUGUGUU